AUGCCCAAGGCGAAAGGCAAGGGUGGUAAGAACCGCCGGCGCGGAAAGAAUGAUGGUGACGACAAGCGCGAGCUCGUGUUCAAGGACGAGAGCCAGGAAUAUGCACAGGUGUUGAGGAUGCUGGGCAAUGGGCGUCUGGAGGCCAUGUGCUUUGAUGGAGAAAAGCGUCUUGCGCACAUCCGUGGCAAGAUGCGCAAAAAGGUGUGGAUCAAUAACGGCGACAUUAUCCUGCUAUCUCUUCGCGAGUUUGAAGAUGGAAAAGCCGAUGUAAUUCAGAAGUACACGCCAGACGAAGCGCGCAGUCUCAAGCAGCAUGGUGAGCUGCCUGAGGCGACAAAGAUCAGUGAAGAUGCGUUUGGCGAGGACGAGGGUGAUGAGAUUGAGUUCCAGGAGCCUAGCGACGAGGAUGAGGAACAGGAUGAUGAUGAGGAUCUUGAUGAUCUUUGA